AUGGCGAAACUGGUGAUUCUGAUGGUUCUCUGUAUCUUACCGGCGAUAGCUAUGGCUGCAAGGAGGCCACGUAUUGGUAAGAAUACUCUGGUUGUUCAAGGUCGCACUUACUGUGAAACCUGCAAGUUCGGUUUCGAGACUGUUGAAUCUUCCUACUUCAUCUCCGGUGCAACGGUGAAGCUCGUGUGCAAAAACAGGAAGACGAUGGAGGAAGUUUACACAGACGAAGCUGUAUCAGACAGAAAUGGAAACUACAAAUUCAUCGUCCACGAAGAUCACAAAGACGAGAUGUGUGAUGUUAUGCUUGUGAAAAGCUCGGACAAAAGCUGUUCUAAAAUCACCAAAGGACGCGAAAUGUCUCGUGUGAUCUUGAACCAUUACAACGGCAUUGCUUCGCAGAUCAGAUACGCGAACAAUAUGGGAUUCGAGAAAGAAGUUAGCGAUGUGUUUUGCUCUGAGUUGAUUAAGAAGUAUCAGGUUGAUGAAGAUGAUGUUUAG